UUGGCAUCCCGAACUUAAAAGUGUUAACCCUAAAAGCUUCUUUUAAUCGAACGCUAUCAAGUAAUAAAGAAUAUAAAAACAACAUGGCUUUAAAUUGUAUAAGGUUUCGGGGUGCCCUACAGAGAAACGUAAUUGCUGGACUAUACAACACUGUUGGAAAUCCGAAUGCAUCUCUGGCGAGGGCAGUGUCCCUGAGGGCGGCGCCGGCCCAGGAGUCGGCCCCCGAGUCCCACGACGAGCGCAACCUGCGGCUGGGGCGCCCCCAGUCUCCGCACCUCACCAUCUACAAGUUCCAGCUCACCUCCCUGCUGUCCAUCUCGCACCGCGCCACCGGCCUGGCGCUCGGAGGCACCAUGAUCGCCUGGGGCUUCGGUGCCCUAGUGCUGCCCCACUCGUUCCCAGAGUACCUGGCGGUCGUCCAGUCGUGGAAUCCAGCCACCGUACUAAUGCUGAAAGCCUUCAUCGCGUUUCCUUUCAGCUAUCAUUACUGCAACGGGAUACGCCAUCUGAUGUGGGAUCUGGGCCGCUUCUUGACCAUCAAGGAAGUUUACAAGACAGGCUACAUGAUGCUCAUAUCUUCAGCCAUACUCACAGGAAUUCUCAUCAGCCUGUAGUACGUCUUCACCAAUGGUACAUCCACUUCAUCUUGUAGGGUAGAUUAUCAGCACUGGACAUUUGAGAAUACUUAUUUAUUGUUCAUACCAUUUGUGGUAGCUGUUCUGUUAAUAAAAAAUAUUAAUUGGAAAAGCAAAGGUUUGUAUGCCAUUUGUAACCUAUGUAUUUUUGAUAGAAUUUUACAUAGAUUUACAAAAUGCUCAUUACUGCAUCAUUACAGUGAUACUUAAGUGGAAGAAUAAUAAAAUCAAAAUUAAAACCUA